GCCUAAGUACAUAUAAACAAUCGUACAUUUAUAUACAAGUACAUACAGCACAUAUUUACCCGUAUCGGUGCAUUUUCGGUUUUUUCCUAUUGCACGCACCUUUUGUUCGUGUUGGCGCUCAGCUGGUGACUUUGCAUUUUUUGCUUAGUCGCCUGUGUAUUUACAUUCAUACACACCUACAUACCUACAAGUGCAUAUACAUAUUAGCACAAGUGACCCAGUAGGAAAUUUUUGCAUUGACCCUGUAGGAACUUUCUAUAUUUACAUCAUUAGUUUAAAGUCAAUCAGUAUUUGCUGUUUUUCGAUUAAUUGGUGGCGCUUAUCAUUCCUUUCGUGUUUUUCAAUAAUUUAGUUCUUUCGUUAUUUGUACAUAAAUCGACUCUCGUUCUUUGACAAGUAUGUCUACCUUAAGUUAUUUCACUAGGUGCUCAGAUCAGAUUGUCGAAUUCAAUGCGGGAUUCGAUGAAGCGACUUUGAACGAGCAUUCGAAAAUUUCUUUAGAGAUUUUGAAAACGGAGUUGAUAGACAUUUGGUCUAAAACUAAAAAUGCAUGCGAAAAAUGCUUACAAACUCUGAAAGAUGAAGAUGAGGUAGAAGCCGUAAAAGCCAAACAAAAUUCAACUUUUAAAGAUUAUCUUUCGUGUUUGUCGCGCAUUAGCGAAGGCAUUCAGAAGUACAGCGUGACGGCUGAUACUGCUUCUUAUGUGCCCCCUGCCCAAGUACCCAAGCGCUCCAAUAAUUUGAACCUACCGCCAUGUGACACAGAAAUAUUCCAUGGUGACUAUGUGUCGUGGCCAUCCUUCCGUGAUCUCUUCACCGCGAUUUACAUUAAUAAUGCGGAUCUGAGUAACAUCGAAAAACUCUUCCACCUUCGACAUAAAACAAGCGGCGAAGCACGAGACAUCGUUAGCAAACCCCCACUAUCAAAUGAGGGAUUCGACAUCGCAUGGUCAAAUUUGAAGGCAGCGUACGAAAAUAAACGGGUUUUGGUCAACAAGCAAUUGAAGCUGCUUUUUUCGCUUCCGGUUAUUCGGACCGAAAGUGCACCCGCGUUAAAGGAGCUCCAGCGAGGCAUAAACGGAUGUCUAUCAGCGUUAGCAACGUAUAACGUCAACGUUGGGAAUUGGGAUCCGAUCCUAAUCUUCCUGUGUUCAAACCGACUCCCUGAAACAACACUUUCUCUGUGGGAACAAACACUACUAGAUAAAGCUGCUAUACCGGAAUGGAGUCAGAUGGAUGCAUUUCUCACUCAACGCUUCAGAACUUUGGAAUCGAUAGUGGAUGUGAAAUGGUCAGCUUCAUCUUCUUCAACCAACCAACAUCAAAAAGCAUUCUCACAUCAACCCAACCCGGCGGGUCAAAAGAAGGUGUCUCUGGCGACAAAUAUUUCUCAGUCUUACUGCAUAAUGUGUCAGAAACAACAACAUCCUUUGCGUUUAUGUACAAAAUUCUUGUCACUUUCGAUUAAUGAUAGGUUCACUGCAAUUAAAAAACACAACUGCUGUCUAAACUGUCUUUCAAAAGGCCAUUCGAUAAAAGACUGUAAAAGUCAAUUCUCGUGCACUAAGUGCAAAAGUAGACAUCAUACUCUACUUCACAGAGUGUCUUCUAACACUCAACCCCCAAAAGAAACUGCAGGUGGAACUGCUUCACAGGCAUUCCAUACAAAUAUACAGUCCGCUUCUUCUAACAGUAUGUUGUCGACAGCUGAGGAAAAUUUGAAAUCGUCAGGCUUAUCCUCAGCUCUACUUGGAACCGCCAUGGUUCACAUCUGCCACUUGGGCUCAACUUAUAUAGCUCGCGCUUUAAUUGAUUCAGCUUCAGAAGCCUCGUUUAUUUCUGAACGACUUCGAAAACUUUUAAAACUACCGUAUUCCAAGACAAAUGCGGUUAUUUCGGGAUUGAAUCAAAGGGUUUCUAACAGCGCAUCGAAAAUUUGUUCGUUUGUUUUAGGCUCACCCCGUGAUCCAAAUCUUUUAAUAGAAGCUACUGCGUUUGUAUUACCACAAAUCACUGGUAACUUACCCUCGACCUCAAUAGAUGAAUCCAUUCUAGAAAAACUGCCUAAAGUACCUUUAGCAGAUUCGAAGUUUUUGCAAAGCGGUCCUAUCGAUGUUUUGAUCGGAGGAGAUUUGUACCCCAAGGUUAUGUUAGACGGGGUAAAACGUAGUAUUCAAUACAACCUUCUGUCUCAAGAGACGGUGUUCGGGUGGAUUGUCACUGGGGCAUCUUCCACUGCACACGUCUCUUGCUUUGCUACCAAAGUCUCAAUGGGAGAGGACAUUUCGUUAGAUAGCCAACUACGCAAGUUCUGGGAGUUAGAGGAAGUCCCAAAAAAUAACCUUCAAUCAGACGAGGAUAUGUUUUGUGAAGAGCUGUACUUGAAAACAACUACUAGGAAUUCGGAAGGAAGAUACGUGGUUUCGCUACCGUUUAAAAACUUUUAUCCAACGGAUGUUAAGCUAGGAUCAUCGCGUCCCAUUGCAUUUCGGCAAUUUAUUCGUAACGAAGCAAGGUUAACGAAAAAUCCAUCUUUAAAGGAAGAGUAUGACAAGGUUGUUCAAGAAUAUUUGGAUCUAGGGCACAUGGAGAAAGUAGAGGCUCCAAGUUUUGAACAUUCUCCUAGUCAUUUCUACCUUCCUCAUCAUGCAGUCUUGAAACCGGAAAGUACUUCCACGAAAUUAAGGGUAGUUUUCAACGCGUCCAGCAAUUCUUCGAAUGGAGUUUGUCUUAACGAUAUUUUACAUGUAGGCCCAACCCUUCAAGCUGAUUUGACCUUGCUACUGAUACGAUGGCGGAUGUAUAAAUACGUGUUUAAUAGUGACAUCCAAAAAAUGUACAGGCAAAUUUUAGUUAACCCGUCUCAUAGGCCCUAUCAAAGGAUUCUUUUUAGAAAGGAUCCACAUAGUGGUAUACAAGAUUUUCAGUUAAGGGCGGUAACGUUUGGAGUUAAUUGUGCGCCAUACUUGGCAAUUAGGACUCUUCGGCAGUUAGCUCAGGAUUCUCAUGAUUCACAUCCACUAGCGGCUCAGAUUUUACGAAAUUCUAUGUAUGUAGAUGACGUUUUAGCGGGAUUUCACGAUGUGUCCACAGCUUUACAGGCACGAGACCAGCUGAUAGAAGCACUUGAUAGUGCAGGAUUUUCUUUGAGGAAAUGGUCUUCAAAUUCCAAGGAAAUCCUCAUGGAUCUUCCUCAUGAGCAUUUAUUAAAGAGAGAAUUUUUAACUUUAGAUGAGACAAGCACAACAAAAGCACUAGGGAUUAGAUGGAAUGCUAGAUUAGACCAUUUUUUCUUCAGCGUUCAGACCCUCCCUUCAAAGGAUAGCUACACUAAACGAGAAGUGUUGUCAACGAUAGCGAAACUUUUUGACCCAGCUGGUUGGCUAGCUCCGGUGGUGGUCGUAGCUAAAAUAGUGAUGCAACAAAUUUGGUCAGAUGGUACUCUCUGGGAUCAGCCUAUAAGUUCUCAAACACUUUUUAAAUGGAAAACCUUUGUAGAAAGUUAUAGGUAUAUCGAUGACAUAAAAAUUCCGCGUUGGGUGAAUUUCACCAUUGAGUCACCAUUCGAAGUCCAUGCCUUUUGCGACGCGUCGGAAAAGGCAUACGCGGGGGUGAUAUAUUUGCGGGUAGAAAACCACGGUACAGUGUCGUCGCACCUUUUAUUAGCAAAAACUAAAGUUGCACCCAUAAAAACUAUUUCGCUUCCUCGUUUGGAGUUGUGUGGGGCGGUUCUAGUUGUCGAUAUGCUUAGGUCUCUUCUAAGUGAACUUCCUUUCAAGGUGGAAAACAUAUUUUGCUGGACAGACUCAACCAUCGUUCUCUCUUGGCUCAAAAAGCGGCCCUGCUCCUGGACCACCUUUGUCGCAAAUCGAGUAGCAAAGAUACAGGAAUUAGUCGGAUUUAGGCAUUGGAAUCACGUGGACUCGAAGGAUAAUCCAGCAGAUCUUGGCAGCAGAGGAGCAUACCCUCAGGACUUAUGCGCAAGCGAGUUGUGGUGGUACGGCCCUUCCUGGUUAGGUAAAGAUGCAGGGCAAUGGCCAUCAAUGGAUGACGAACUGGACGAUAUCACGAUCGAAGCAAGGAAAAUAAAGGCGCACGCUUCGCUUGUGUCAAGCCAUGAGGAUCCCUUAGAAAGAUUUUCAUCUCUUCCGCGCGCACUGCGUGUUUUAGCUUACGUCUUCCGGUUUUACAACAGGACUAACCGGCACACUCGAAGAUUCCACUCGUAUCCAUCGCUAGCGGUUUCGGGAGAGGAAAUCUCGAAAAUUCGUAUUCGGCUUAUAAUUCUGGCACAGAUGAAGCAUUUUUUGGAAGAACAGAGAUGUCUGACUUCAAAAACUCCAAUUUCACCGAAAAGCAAACUUUUAACCUUGAAUCCCUUCUUAGACUGUCAGGGUAUAAUGAGAGUCAAUGGUCGACUCGCAAAUUCGCUUAUUUUAUCUUAUAAUGAAAAACAUCCCAUUCUUCUACCUUAUAGUUGUUCGUUCUCAAGGUUGUUAGUUCACUUGAUCCAUAACAUUUCUCUUCAUGGAGGAAAUCAAUUGAUGCUGCGGCUGCUUCGCCAACAGUAUUGGAUUCCAAAGGCAAAGAAUCUCAUAAAGACUGUCAUUCAUAACUGCAGAACUUGCGUCAUUCAUAAAAAGCGGAAUCAAUCCCAAAUCAUGGCUGCCCUUCCUGAAGAGCGAACGACCCUUUCCAGGCCUUUUCAAAAUACUGGAGUCGAUUUUGCCGGCCCAUUUGAUAUUAAGAGUUUCACUGGUAGAGCAUGUAAAAUCACCAAAGGUUAUGUUUGCAUAUUUGUAUGUUUUUCCACACGGGCAAUUCACCUGGAAGGUACAAGCGAUCUGUCCACAGAGACCUUUCUUGGCGCAUUCUCGCGAUUCAUAUCUAGACGAAGCUGCCCUCAGCAAAUCUUUUCGGACAAUGGGACCAAUUUUGUAGGUGCGGCAGCUAACUUGAAAAAGGAAUUCAAGAAAUUCCUAACCACGUCGCGGGAGUCUUUGUGCAAUAUGUACAGUCAUCAGGAGGUGUCUUGGAACUUUAUCCCUGCCGGCGCUCCUCACAUGGGAGGACUAUGGGAAGCUGGAGUUAAAAGCAUCAAAUUUCAUUUUCGACGUACCGCCGCUUCUCAAAAAUUCACCUUUGAAGAGUUUCAAACCCUACUUUGUCGCAUUGAAUCCUGUCUAAAUUCUAGGCCGAUAUCGCCCAAUUCCACCGACGCCGCAGAUUGUGCAGCCCUCACACCUGGUCACUUUCUCACGGGGGGUCCCAUACUUUCUCCCCCCGAACCCUCCAUAGAAGCAAACCCAGUCUCGAUAAUUAAUCGGUGGCAAAAAAUAAAGGCUCUUAGCCAGCAACACUCUCUGCGAUGGAAAGAGGAAUAUCUCAAAGAACUCCAUAAACGCUACAAAUGGAAAUCCCCUCAAAAAGACAUCGCCGUCGAUGACCUAGUUGUAGUUCGCCAUGAAAAUCUCCCUCCUAACGAGUGGCGCUUGGGCAGGGUCACAAAGAUUUAUAAAGGCUCCGAUAAAAGAAUUCGUGUUGCAGACAUUCGCACACAAAAGGGAUUGAUAACGCGACCUAUCGUGAAGUUAGUGGUCUUACCAAACUAACCCCUCAUAUCAAUACUUUCCUUUUUUUUGCCGCUUUAGCAGAUGCCUCCGCCCAGCGCGCAGCCAGGGAAGGCAGGUCCAAAUGUAGAGUUUGCCACCGGUCGCAUCCUCUCCGGUAUUGUAGGCGAUUCUUAGAUGCCAACUACGAGCGCCGGCUGCGCCUUGUGCUUCUCCAUCGAUAUUGCUCGCGAUGUUUAGCCCACUCCCACACGGCCAAGAACUGUCUGAGCAACGGGACGUGCCAAUAUUGUGAGGAAAAGCAUCACACCCUGUUGCAUGCAAACCACCGUCUUUCUCCCCGACGCCAACUUCCCCUACUUUUAACGCAGCUUUCGGGAACAGUCACCGUUCUACCCACCGUUGCGGUUUACCUACACAUUGGGCCUCGGAAAUUUUUAGCUCGGGCUCUGAUAGACCCUUGCUCGCAAACGAGCAAAAUUUGCCACGCGCUGGUGCACCGGCUCCGCCUAAAGACGGUGCCCGUGGCGAAUAUCAGCAUGUGCGAGCUCCACGUAAGCUCGUCAAAUGAUGCACAUGUGCGAUUCUCCUUGCCGGCGAGGGUACUGUCGGAGAUCGGGUUGAAAACUCCCGCUCGUCAUCUCAGCCAAGCGACGCGGGACAAAUUCAUUAACCUCAAGCUCGCCGAUCCUGGUUUCCACACUUCCUCUGCCGUCGCCUUGAUUUUCGGUGGGGAUGUAUAUCAUAAAAUCAUAAGAGGCGAACUUAUUGCUUAUCCUGGGUUUCCUACCGCCCAGAACUCUAUUUUCGGUUGGGUCCUUUCUGGCCCAUGUGCCCUUUAAGGCACAGCGACCCCUUACUGGGUAAAUUAUAUAGUAUUUUUAAAGUUUGAAUUUAAUUGGAACUGAAUUAUUUGAAUAAAUGUAAAAAAAAAAAAAA